ACGUGCAGUAUGUUACUUGCUAUCGUACCUAUGGUAGGUCUUAAGGUUCUGCUUUAACAGAUCAUCCAAUCUCACUUCUACAUCAAUUCCAAGAGAAUCUCUAGGCUAAAUACCUAGCGUAGCCUCAACUGAGAGCCUGUUGACUUCAACCUCAGUACCUAUAUUUAUAACAUAGAUUAAAAGACUUAGCCCCGCAUUACUAAUACUGUUUACAUAUUGAAGUCGUAUUUAAGGACAUUUUCCAUCUUACCCGAGGUGUUCUAGAUUAUAUACGGGUAUGUAUAUAUAUAAUAAACGUAUGGAAGCGGCCCCCAUACAUCUAUAUUACAGUAAAAGUCCAGAAUUGUGGUCGUUCUUGAGCGAAAAUGGCUUAUGGAAUUCUUUUGAGCGUCAUCGCGCUCUUCGCCGUGAAAGGGACAAUCGCCAGGGACUUUCCAAACUGCCAAUCCGGACCUCUUGCUUCGAACCAAGUAUGCAACACCACACUUGACCCAUGGUCUAGGGCGGCGGCGCUCGUUUCCCAAUUCAGCAGUAGCGAGAAGAUGUCCAAUUCCUGGGAUAACUCGCCGGGUGUCUCGCGUCUAGGUCUCCCAUCUUACGAAUGGUGGAAUGAGGCUCUCCACGGAAUCGCCCGCUCCCGCGGCGUCGAAUUCGCGAACUCCGGAAACUUCAGCUACGCAACGUCGUUCCCGCAGCCCAUCACCAUGGGCGCCGCCUUCGACAUGCCCUUGAUCCGCUCCGUCGCCGAGACCACCAGCACCGAGGCGCGAGCCUUCAGCAACGCCGGGCGCUGCGGUCUGAACUUCUGGACGCCGAACAUCAAUCCCUUCCGCGACCCGCGCUGGGGGCGCGGCCAGGAAGUGCCGUCGGAAGACCCGUACCACAUGAGCCAGUACGUGAUGCAGCUGAUCCCGGGGCUCCAGGGCGGGUUGAGCGCAGACCCGUAUUACAAGCUCGCGGCGACGUGCAAGCAUUACGCGGGGUACGACAUGGAGAAUUGGAAGGGGAAUCGGCGGUACGCGUUUGACGCGAAGAUUAGCAGUCAGGACCUGCAGGAUUAUUACCUCCAGCCGUUCCGCGCGUGCAUACGCGACGCUAAUGCGCAGUCCGCCAUGUGCAGCUACAAUGCCGUCAAUGGUGUGCCGACCUGCGCCGACCCCUGGUUGCUGCAAGAUGUAUUGCGCGGGCUGUACGGCUUUACCAGCGAAGACCGCUGGGUCACGGCCGACUGCGACGCGCUCCAGAACGUAUGGACGGACCACCACUACGGAUCUUCGGCGGCGGGCGCCGCAGCCGCGAGUAUUAACGCCGGGACCGAUCUGGAUUGCGGGCAAUUCUGGCCUCAGAACCUGCCUUCGGCAUAUAAUUCCAAGCUCUUCAACGACACCGUGCUAGACAACUCGCUAAUCAGGCGCUACGCAUCCAUGGUCCGACUCGGCUGGUUCGAUCCCCCGGCCCAACAACCGUACCGCCAACUCGGCUGGGAUGCUGUCGCGAAGCCCGAGGCCAAGGAAUUGGCGCUUCGCGCUGCGCAGGAGGGCCUCGUGCUCUUGAAGAAUAACGGCAGCGCGCUGCCUCUGACCGAGUCGAUCAAGAAAGUCGCCGUCAUCGGACCUCUAGGUACCGCCACUACACAAAUGCAGGGGAACUACUACGGUAUCGCGCAGAGCAUUUCGACGGUGGUCUCGGCGUUCAAGGCGGCCGGUUACGACGUGACCAAUGCUCAGGGGUGCGCCAUCACGGGCUCGUCAAAUUCGGGAUUCUCCGCUGCCUUGAGCGCAGCGCAGGCUGCAGACGCAGUGGUUUUCGUCGGGGGUAUUGAUACAAGUAUCGAGGCGGAGGACCGCGAUCGCGAGCAGAUUACUUGGCCGGGGCAGCAGAUACCCCUUAUUAAGCAGAUAGCGGCGGCAAAGGGCACGAAACCCCUCGUGGUGGUGCAAAUGGGAACUAUGAUCGAUAGUUCGGAGGUUGUCGCUGAGCCCGGCGUCGACUCAUUAUUGUGGGCUGGCUAUCCGGGACAAGACGGCGGUGCGGCGGUGGUAAGUAUUCUGACUGGCGAAACGGCGCCCGCCGGUCGACUGCCUGUGACACAAUACCCGGGAGACUAUGUGAACCAGGUCCAGAUGACGGACAUGAACUUGCAGUCCGGUACUGGGAACACCGGCCGAACGUAUAAAUGGUACACCAAGGAGCCCGUAUUUCCCUUCGGCCACGGUCUGCACUAUACGAGUUUCAACGUAUCGUUUCCCGAAGACCUCCCCACUACGUUCUCAACAGCAGACCUCACGUCGAAUAUUUCAUUCACGGAUAUUGGUCCCGUAGCCUCGGGCAACUACCCUGAUCUAGCACCAUUCAUUUCAAUCCCCGUGUCAGUAGUAAACACAGGGAAUGUGACGUCCGACUAUGUCGUGUUGGCAUUCCUAAAGGGAGAGUAUGGGCCUGAGCCCUAUCCAAUCAAGAGCUUAGUAGCGUUUGAUAGGAUCCAUGAUAUCAAACCAGGUGAAGCUGGAACGUCAACAUUAGAUGUUAAGCUAGGUGCUAUUUCGCGCAGUGACACGGAGGGUGCCUUGACUUUAUGGCCUGGGAAGUACACGUUGGUGUUGGAUAUCGAUGACCGUGCGGCGUGGGACUUUGAGAUCACGGGAGACCAGGUGGUUCUGGAGAAAUUGCCGCCCAAGAAGUAAGCGUGAAUAUGCCUUUCACAAUAACAUGGACAUUAUAUAUGCGUGCCGCAAUGUGCUAUUAAACUGCGAAAUUCGUCAUGUUAUCUUGGUUGUUGGUAAGCCUACUAAAGUCUAGGGAGGCUCGGAUUGAUAUUGCAGAUGCUCAUCGCGUUCAAGAUGGAGGUAUGAGAUCGGUUAGGACCGCACGGAGUAUAUGGGUUAGGAAGAUAGGUGUCAUUAUGGAGGACGCCAUAGGUUCUCCAUCCUGUGAUGACGGCUGAACACUAGUAGUCGUUAUAUGCGGAUUAUCCGGAAUGACAGAAAGUUCUUGCAGGAGCUUCUCGGAGAAGUUUUCAUCUGAUUGACUCCCUGGGCCGGAACCAGAUGUCGGAAUAUAUGAUUUUGUACCUCCCUGGGAACUGCUGCCCGCUUUCCGCCUCUUAUUUCCCUGAGAAGGCAUUGCCGUGAGCAGAGAUAGAAAUGAGUGUAGAUAGGAGCCGAAAAUGGCCUAUCAUAGUUAGCAAGAAUAGAGAUUACUUCCUCGGUAACAAUGCUAAAUCAUGGGGAGGAUAGGGUAUCAUAAACUGAGCUACGAAGUAAGGCAACACGGCGCAAGAUUGAAGCGAACGUC